GAUUAACGCCAAGCACAUCUCAACUUCUGAGCCAGUCAAGUCGUCAACUGAAAACUUGCCCACUCAAUCCCGGUUCUCUCAGCCACAGAGGGCAGGCACAUGGAUCAGCAGGAGGACCCUGGGCAAAUGAGCAAAGAGGGUUUCGUGUUAGCGGCGUGUGACUUCUCUUUCUCAUAGCUCUAUAAAAGACCUCGAUUUGUCGAGUUUUUCAGUUGUUUUUGGGAGGUCGAAUGCAGCAGCAUUAUUUGAGGUGCUAGAGAGGCAAAAGAGACAAUGGCUUCAGGUCUCGAACAAUUCAUUCGGUUUGGCACCGACGCGGCCGGACUCGAGCGCUUCCUCCGCCUCAUCCAGGCCAUCCUCCAGGUGACGCUAUUCUACCGGCUUCCCUUCAACGCCCUGGUCAGCGCCAUCCACCUCUGGCAGGCGCCGCAGUCCGCCGUCGCCGUCGCCGAUACCGCCUUCAUCGCGACGGUCCUGACCGGGCUCCGGUCGCGCGUCGCCCUGGGCCGGCGCUUCUUCCGCAUGUUCCGCUUCGUCGAGUCGUUCCACGCCGCACACAGGCUGUGGGGCUCGCUCUCCCCGUCCCCCUCCUCCUCCUCCAAGGCGUCGUCAUCGUCGUGGUCACCCGGCCGCGCCGAGACGUACCUGGACGUGGCCGGCCGCACCUUCAACGGCAUGUACCUCCUCCUCGAGACGGCCCUGCUGCCCGAUGCGCUCGGCGUCGAGGGCCUGCGGCCGUGGGGCGCGCGCGGGCCGAUGCUGGCCGUCGAGGCUCAGCGCUUCUGGUUCCUGUCGCUGGCGUGCGGCGCUCUGGCGGGGGCGCUGCGGCUCCUGGAGCUGUGGGCUCUCGCGCCUGUGCCGGAGACGGGUGGUGGGUACGGCGAUGGGAGCGGCGAUGGGAGCGGUGGGGGUACCGGGGAGGAGGAGGAGGAGAAGGCGGUGGCGGCGGAGAAGCGGACAGAGGAGAAAGGGGUGGAGACUAGCGUGUUGCGGCAGCAACAGGCGCGAGAACGCGAGCGUCGGAACGAGCAGCGCGAGGGCCGUCGGCGAGAAACCGUGGCUCGUUCUCGGGCUCUAGUACGGCGGCUUGUGGCCGAUGUAUUAGACCUUGCCUUACCGGGCAGCGUGGUUGGCUAUGUCAAAGUAGACGAGGGGUCUGUGGGGUUGGCGAUGCUGGGCAGUACCGUUCUUACAGGUCUAGAGGUAUGGGAGAGAUGCGGACGCGAAGCAGAUGCCAUGUCAGGUUAGCUAGCUAGGUACGUAGGAAGGUAGGUAGUUUCCUUGUCACGCGCCUGAGCAAGCAAGAAGGCAUAGAACCGACUGGCAUAAUCAUUCUUGUACAGG